AUGGAAUUUUUGCUAGUUGUCUUUUCCUUGGUUCUUGUUCUUGCAACUAAAAAUGCCAAUGGCGGCGGUGGAUUUUCCUUUGAUGAGUACUACUAUCAAACAUUCGGAGGCAAUCAUCUUACCAUCCUUGACCAAGGAAACGAAGUUCAGCUUCUAUUGGACCAAUCUACAGGUGCUGGCUUCAGUUCAAGAAGAGAUUUUGGUUCAGGGUACUUUGGUAUCAGCAUGAAGAUACCAGACAAAAACAGUACAGGGGUUGACACAUCAUUUUAUCUAAUUUCAGUUCCAGUAGGACAACCAGUUGGAGGUGUGAAGCAUUACGAGGUUGACAUUGAAUUUUUUGGGACUAAUGGCAAUCCUCAUGUGCUGAGUACAAAUGUGUUCAUGAAUGAUUUUGGUGGGAAGGAGCAAUUAUUUCAUCUCUGGUUUGAUCCUACGGUAGAUUUCCACAAGUAUGAGAUUCUUUGGAACCAAAACCAAAUUGUGUAA